AUGAGAUCAUUAUUGGGUGUUCUUACCAUUCUAUCGCUGCUCGCAGGAAUAAGCGCCAUUUUCCAAGGUGGCGUGUUGGAUCUGAACUUCUUUCGUUGCAUGUGGACUAAAAACUACGAGUGCCCACAUGAGGACAUACGAUUCUUCCUCUACACCCCAACCUUUCGGAAGGGCCGAAUCAUCGACAUGAACAAACCGAAGAGCAUCUUCAAGGCCGGCUUCAAGACGAACCAGCAGACGGCGAUCAUCAUCCACGGCUUCAAUGGGACGCAGACGAGCCGGCACAUCAUGUUCCUGAAGGACGCUUACCUUUCGCGAAAAUUCAACGUUUUCGCGGUGGAUUGGGAGGUCCUGUCUCAGUAUCCAUGCUACUUUUCGUCACUGUCCAACACAAAACUGGUGGCCCAAUGUACAGCACAGCUCUAUUCUUUCCUGACCUUCGCCGGGUGUACCAGUAAGCAGAUAACAUGCGUGGGCCACUCGCUGGGAGCCCAUAUAUGCGGCAUGAUGAGCAACCAUUUGACGAAAAAACAGUAUAAAAUUAUCGGAUUGGAUCCGGCGAGGCCGUUGAUAGAGAAACACGCUUCGAAAAAGUUCCGAUUGACUCGAGAUGACGCUCGUUCCGUGCAGGUUAUUCACACAAACGCCGGUCUGCUGGGUCAAAGCUCGUUUAGUGGACGAGUAGACUUUUGUAUAAACGGUGGCCAAGUGCAGCCGUACUGUGAAGGCGAUCGGAUAAAACAAGCCCGAUGUAGCCACUUCUUGAGUGUGUGCUAUCUUGCCAACGCCAUCCUAGCGGCAAGACCAAUGCGAGCCUUCCGUUGUCCUUCCGGGUGCGUUCCGGACAAUCGGAUACCCUUCGUCAAGUCGAACCGUGUACGAAUGAAAUGGCUUGCAGUCGGACAGGAUACACCGGGAAACGUUACUGGAGGAUAUUGUGUGCACAUGGAGCAGAAUAUGAACUGCCCGUUCAAUUGA